AUGCUCGAAAUUGCAGCCUGGCAAUGCUGCAAAUGCAACUUCGCCAUCAACCCCAUCAUCGACUCCGACAUCAACUGGUUCGCAGACUUGGACAUCCCCGGCCUCCCCGAACGGUGCGACAACCGUACCCACCAGUACAACAUCCGGGCCCAGCCCCAACGAUGCCCACACCACCGGUGCGACUCAUGCAUUGAUCUUUCUCCCGACGGUGUUAUGCUCCGGUACUGCGACGGCGUGAUGCCUGAACCCGGUGGACCCAUGCCGCCGAGAUAUCCUGGCCACGAAACCGUGCAGGAUCCUUGGAGACCGAUGGACAGCAGUUGGAGAGGAGAGUUGGAGAGAGCGGUGAGGAGAGUGGAGCAAUGGAAGUUGGAGAGGGAAGGGUUGGACAGAAUGAGUCAGAUGUUGGAAAGGGCGUUGAGGGAGGAGAUGUUGCCUGAAUGGGAGGGUGCGCGGUUGAGGGCUCCUGUGAUUGGAUCUGGAGAUGAGGGUGUGGUCAUGAAUACUACUGCUGCUAUGCUUGGAGAUGGAAAUAGCAAUAGCUAUACAAAUUCAAGCUCAAACACGCUUGAGGAUGACAAUGGCAAUACUGAGGUUGAGGGGGAUUCUCUGCAACCUGAUGGUCAGUCGCUAGUUGUGAUCUUUAAUCUUCCGUCUGGGCCUGUUGCUGACCGCGUUGAGGACGAUACAUCUCAGGAUACCGUUGAGGCCCAGCAUGCUGUACAUGCUAAUCAGACUCAACAAGCUCUGCCAACUCAAAAUCCAGCUCCAACCUCCGCCACAGAAACAAACAUCGGUUUCAGAGGUGAACAGCUCCCCCGUACAACCCCCGAAGCGCUGCAUCUUCAGCAAACUCAACCAACUGGGAAUCCAGCUCUAGCUCCAACCUCCGUCCCAGAAACAGAUCCCCCAGUCAGAAGAGAACGUAUCCCCUUCUCCGCUGCAGAAGCCCGGGCUGCUCUCAACAGGCUUCGAGAUCAAUAUCAUACUUUGUUUGGAAGCGCAGAAACGAACCCCGAUCCCGGAGAAGAACAGCCCCUUCUUGCAGCUUAUAGAUAUACUCCUGGGGAGGGGGAAGCUGCAAGUCAACCAGAAUCUGAACGCGAACUCGAACGCGAACGCGAUCGUGAGUUCUCUCCUGGCGGGAGGGUUCAAUUCCGCUGA